UUACCUUGUCUCUGCGCGCUCAGCUUUCGGGGAGAAAAACGGGGGGUGGGGAUAUGCAGACAGGGAAUCCAACCCCUACUACAGAAGACGAAGUGGAAGGAAGGCCCAGCUAUGUAAAAAUGGACCACCCGAUCCUACUGUCGCUCUGCCGUUUCUACCCUCAGCAGUAUCAAACAUCUCAACCGAGGAGCAGUGUCAAUAUUUAGACUUGGAGGAGCCAGAAACUUAGAGGGGAGCGCCAGGCGCAGGGUUCUGACUUGGUUUUGCACGUCAGCACACGAGCGGUGCCUUUCGAGCUGACUGCACACGUUUGCUGGGGUUGGGGGCGGGGAAAGGUACGAAGAACGGUAUAUACACAAAGGCACCCAGACCUAGGAAGACCUAGGAAGUUAAGACCAGAGGAGUCGCCUUGACUUUGAACUUCCCCCAACCCGUGCUGUUCACGCAGCUCUUUUGAACCCCAGCCAGACGCUCAGCUUGAGGUUUCACUAGUUUCGGGCUCCCCACCACCAACCGGGGCAGUGCUGCAUAUUCUACACCGUAUUGUGGAUCCUCUCUAAGCUGCAGAAGUAAGUCCAGCUGUGAGCAGGGUGUUCUGUUCUUCACUUCCAGCAAGCCAGAGUCUUAUAAAUGGACACUGACAUGGACUACGAAAGACCCAACGUGGAAACCAUCAAGUGCGUGGUCGUGGGAGACAACGCCGUGGGGAAGACGCGCUUGAUCUGCGCCAGAGCGUGUAAUACGACGCUGACACAGUACCAGCUGCUGGCCACCCACGUCCCCACAGUGUGGGCCAUUGACCAGUACCGGGUCUGCCAGGAGGUCUUGGAGCGUUCCCGGGACGUCGUUGACGAAGUGAGCGUUUCUCUCAGGCUUUGGGAUACUUUCGGCGAUCAUCACAAAGACAGGCGUUUUGCAUAUGGCAGGUCCGACGUUGUGGUCCUCUGUUUUUCGAUCGCUAAUCCCAAUUCCCUAAAUCAUGUGAAAACGAUGUGGUAUCAAGAAAUCAAGCACUUUUGCCCUCGCACACCUGUUGUUCUAGUUGGCUGCCAGCUAGAUCUCCGCUAUGCCGAUCUCGAGGCUGUUAAUAGAGCCAGACGCCCUUUAGCAAGGCCCAUAAAGAGAGGGGAUAUUUUGCCCCCAGAAAAAGGCCGAGAGGUUGCAAAGGAACUGGGCAUACCCUACUACGAAACAAGCGUGUUUGACCAGUUUGGAAUCAAGGACGUGUUUGACAAUGCAAUCCGAGCCGCCCUCAUUUCCCGCCGGCACCUGCAGUUCUGGAAAUCCCACCUAAAGAAAGUCCAGAAACCUUUACUUCAGGCACCAUUCCUACCUCCAAAAGCCCCUCCACCGGUCAUCAAAGUUCCAGAAUGUCCCUCCACGGGGACGAACGAAGCCGCCUGUUUACUGGACAAUCCUCUGUGCGCUGACGUCCUGUUCAUCCUCCAGGACCAGGAGCAGAUCUUCGCACACCGGAUUUACCUCGCUACCUCCUCUUCCAAAUUUUAUGAUCUCUUUUUAAUGGAAUGUGAAGAAACCCCCCAUUGGAGCGAAGGAGCCUGUGAGCAAGAGAAGCAGAGCAGGGAUUUCCAGGGGCGGCCCCUGAGUCUUGAUCCAGACGAGGAAAGGGAGGAGGGCACCCCAAGGACACCUCAGGCCGAUCAGUGGACGUCCUCAAGCCAGAACCUGUCCCAGCAGGAGACCCCGGGGCUGGAGGCCGAGGGCUCAGCGGCUGAGACACAGACCCUGUCAGGCUGGAGUAAGGGCUUCGUUGCCAUGCACAAGGAGAUGCAGGUCAACCCCAUUUCGAAGCGGGUGGGCCCCAUGACUGUGGUCAGGAUGGACCCAUCCGUCCAGCCAGGCCCUUUCCGGACCCUGCUCCAGUUUCUCUAUACGGGGCAACUGGAUGAAAAGGAAAAGGAUCUGGUGGGCCUGGCUCAGAUAGCAGAGGUCCUAGAGAUGUUUGAUUUGCGGAUGAUGGUGGAGAACAUCAUGAACAAGGAAGCCUUCAUGAACCAGGAGAUUACGAAAGCGUUUCACGUCCGGAAAGCCAACCGGAUAAGAGAGUGUCUCAGCAAGGGGACGUUCUCAGAUGUGACAUUUAAGUUGGACGACGGAGCCAUCAGUGCCCACAAACCGCUGCUGAUCUGCAGCUGCAAGUGGAUGGCUGCCAUGUUCGGGGGGUCGUUCGUCGAAAGCGCCAACAGUGAGGUAUAUCUCCCGAACAUAAACAAGAUGUCAAUGCAGGCGGUACUGGAUUAUCUUUAUACCAAGCAGUUGUCACCUAACUUGGACCUGGACCCACUGGAACUAAUUGCUUUGGCAAACAGAUUUUGCCUGCCACACUUGGUCGCGCUUGCAGAGCAGCACGCUGUCCAGGAGCUGACCAGGGCCGCCAUGAGUGGCGUGGGCAUCGACGGGGAAGUGCUCUCUUAUUUGGAAUUGGCCCAGUUUCACAAUGCCCACCAGCUGGCCGCCUGGUGUUUGCACCACAUCUGCACCAACUACAACAGUGUUUGUUCCAAGUUCCGCAAGGAAAUCAAAUCGAAAUCUGCAGACAACCAGGAAUACUUUGAGCGGCACCGCUGGCCCCCCGUGUGGUACCUGAAGGAAGAAGACCACUACCAGCGUGUGAAAAGGGAAAGAGAGAAGGAAGAUAUUGCACUAAAUAAACAUCACUCGAGACGAAAGUGGUGCUUCUGGAAUUCAUCUCCAGCAGUCGCCUGAGGCAGAAGAGAAAAAAAAAGAAAUCUGACACACCACUUUUCAAAGCACUGCUGUAAAAUCGGUCUUACUAUUAGAGAUAAGGUGUAGUUCAGGUGGCAGGCGCUGCUCUUCCUCCACUUUCAUGCAUUUAUCUGUGUUGGGAUCAAAGCACAAGCUCACUAUCCAUGAGCCUGGACAAAAAGGGAAGUUGACGCCCACUGCAUUCCUUAAACUUGUAUAUUUUUUGUUAGAAGGCUUAAUAAACUUUAGUCCGUUA